CUUUGGAUCACCUUGUUUUUCUCUUCAUAAUAUUAAUUCUUUUAAUCUUCCAGCUGAAACAGAAACAAGCAAUGGUUGUACCAUCUCCUUCACCAAUACGAACCAAGAAAACCAAGGCAGUAGGAAUUCCCACAAUCGAUCUAUCAAAUUACAAUAGGUCAAAGCUAUCGGAACAAAUUGUCGAGGCCUGUGAAGAGUAUGGUUUCUUCAAGGUGGUGAACCACGGCGUCCCGAAAGAGGUCAUUGGGAGAAUGGAAGCACAAGGUGCUGAUUUUUUCGCCAAACCCGCCAUGGAGAAGCAACGAGCUGGCCCGGCUUGUCCUUUUGGUUAUGGCUGCAAAAACAUUGGCCGCAAUGGUGACAUGGGAGAGCUUGAAUACCUUCUCCUUCAAACCGAUCCUCUCUCUGUUUCUGAGAGAUCCAAUGCCAUCUCCAACGACCCUACAAAAUUCAACUGUGCAGUAAAUGAUUACACAGAAGCAGUUAAGGAAUUGGCAUGUGAGAUUCUUGAUCUGGUGGGUGAGGGACUAUGGGUUUCAGACAAAUCUGUGUUCAGUAGGUUCAUCAGAGACGUCCAGAGUGACUCAAUUCUGAGGCUUAAUCACUAUCCUGCGGUCAAGGACCCAUCACCAAAACAACAGCUUCAUCCGUAUGGUAACAAUAAUAGGAUUGGAUUUGGAGAGCAUUCUGACCCUCAGAUCUUAACCAUCCUAAGAUCCAACAGCGUGGGGGGCCUUCAGAUUUCACUGCAUGAUGGCUUGUGGGUUCCCGUCCCUCCUGACCCCAAUCACUUCUUUGUAAUGGUUGGUGAUGCCUUACAGAAAAAAUUGAGUGAGAAGACAAAAGGGGCACGUGUGGGGGGUGAAAGCUGA